GUCUGUGUGUCAGCGCAGCUCCCUCCAUGUGUUUCCGGGUGGUGCUCCGGUACAUCCCAGCUAGCAUCACUCGGUGCAGCCUCCCUCCCGCAGCUACAACAACAGCUACCCGGGGCAGGGACAUAAAUAAAACGUGCUAUUUAUCGACCGAGACACAUCUAUAAUUGAUGAUAUAAUAGCUGAAAGCUAGCGCGGAGGACAGCGGAUAGGAGUUAUGGCGGCAUCGCUUCUCUCCGAGACUGACAUCAGGUACCGGUCCAUGGCGGAGAAGGAUCCGAACGGGAAUGAGCACGGGGCGGCUGCACGCAGCGCGGCGCCUCGCUGGGGACUGCAGCACGCCGGGGCCCGACAGCUGGCGAGGCUUUACUCUCCCGGUAAGCGGCUCCAGGAGUGGUUGUGUGUGAUUCUGUGCCUCUUGCUUUUCAUCAUCAACUUCUCCUUCCUCCUCCUGCAAUUCUCCACCGUUCACAUCCACAAGAUCAUCCUCGGCAUCGUCCUGGGAAUAGUGACGGCAGACUUUGCGUCAGGGAUGGUACACUGGGCGGACACCUGGGGAUCUGUGGACAUUCCUGUUAUUGGCAAGGCAUUUAUUCGCCCAUUCAGGGAGCACCACAUCCGCACCGCAACCGCGAUCACUCGCCAUGACUUUAUUGAGACCAACGGCGACAACUGUAUGAUCCCCAUCCUACCACUGGCUAACAUGGCCUACAAGUUCCUCACAUAUACACCAGAAGCCUUGGCGGCGUCUUAUUCAUGGGACUGCUAUGUCUUCGCCCUGGCAGUUUUCGUGACGCUGACCAAUCAGAUUCAUAAGUGGAGCCAUUCGUACUUUGGCCUCCCACGCUGGGUCACGCUGCUCCAGGAGUGGCAUUUAGUGUUGCCCCGGAAACAUCACCGCAUCCACCACGUCUCACCACACGAAACAUACUACUGCAUUACGACGUGUUGGUGUAACUAUCCACUGGACCAGCUGGGCUUUUGGAGACGGAUAGAGCAACUGAUCAAACGACUUACAGGCCACAACCCGAGAUCAGAUGACCCGGCGUGGGCCAAGAAGACCGACAGAUAAAGAUGGGGAUGGAUGUGGAAAAAGAAACACACACAUACAUUGCUUAAGAGCAAACAUUCAAUGAAGCUGUUUGCAGGAAAAAAACUUCAAAGAUGGAUUGGAAGAUUUCUGUAUAUGCUUGAGUGUGUAGUAUAACAAGCUUUCAACGUACUAGGUGAUUAUAGCUCUGCUGUCAGAGCCAAUCAGCUUGUAGUCCUGUUUAACCCUGAGGUGUAGGGGAAUUCUGGAGGUUGGGCUCUCCAGGAGCAACACCGUGCUGCCUGUCGGAGCAGCUUCUUACACCACACACCUUUGAUUCCUUGUCUGUAUUUAUUUUUUUUGUCAGUUUUGAGACCUCUCUCCUGGCUGUUUCUUUUCACACAGGAAGGUGAAACUGUGAUGAAUGUGUGCCUUAGACGAAACAUUUUGACAACUUUUGUGCCUGUGCCUGAUAAUCUCCACAGGCAAGAUAUGACUUUGAAAGGAUGAACAUGAAAAAACAAAGCUUUCAUAAAUAUAUCCUUCAAAACUUACAGCACUAUUAUAAAUAAUCACGUUGUCCAGUUUUGGUUAGUAUUUUACAUUACUGUCUGUUCAGUUCGUAAGGCUUUUCUACCACCCCUCAUCGGUCUUUCACUACAGCGGGCAUGAUUCACAAUAUUCAAGGGAUUGAGCAUGUUUGAAAACGUUAUUCUCAGGUCAUUAUUGUGUGAUUUAUUAAGAGGAUCUGUACCAAACAAUUAUGUUUUGUCUGUAGAAUAAAAAAUGUUAUGCUGAGAUAUCUCUGUGGCACCACAAAACUUCAAUCAAAAUGGGAUUUUAAAGCAUACUUAGCAUUUUAAAAUAUACUGUGAUGACUGCAAAUUGAAUAUUAAACUAGUUAAUUAAUUAACUCCUUAUAAAAACAAAUAAAUAGGAAGCAUAAGAGCUGUUGUAACUAAGUGUAAUCAUGCGCUGUAUUUCUCAUGAAUCCAGAUGAGUUUAGUUAUUGUUAGGAAGGAUUUAGUUGAUCUGGCUUUCUGAUGCAAGAUGUAUAAAUUACCUUAUUAGGUUAACUUUUUUAUGAAAACAAAUGCAACAUUGCAAAAAGAUUUCCACUUUUCUUGAAGGACAGAGAAGGUGAUCUUAUAACCCGCUUUAGUAGGUUAAAGCCUGCUAGCCAGGCUCUAUCUAAAGGUAGAAAAUCCACUUACAGCAUCUUUAACGCUUCAUAUUCAGCGUACACUUGAAAAUGGUAUCAGUCGUUUCAUCUUACUGUCAGCCAGAAAGUGAAUGUGCUUUAAUGUUUUAUUCUCACUUUGAGUUAAAUACUAACAAUUUGGUAUGAAAGAUUGGAUGACAGGUUCUUGUUCUUAUUUAUCCCAAGUCUCCUUUCUCCACUUUAACAUAAAGUGGCACAGACAGAAGCAAAACCUUGUUGGCAUCAGUGGCUUCUUUUUUAUGUACUCAUGCAGCGCCUGCAGACAGACAUCCAUCCCGCAGAAGUUCCCUUUCUUGGAGGAUGCUUUUGGCUGCCCCAAAGGCAAUAACAGGAAUCUUCCAUGUGUAGUUAAGGUUAGCGUCUCACCUCCGCACGGGCUGGCUCAGGGCUGUAGAGCUUAGCAUGGUAUAACUCAGUUUCUAGUUUCUAGCACUCCCUAAGCAUUCAACAUCUUAAGAAAAGCUUGUAAAUCCUUUUUGUGGUAUUUAUUAUUAUUUAAACAUUUUAGAAAUGUUGAUUCGUCGCUGGGAUUUCAAUCCUGUCGUGGAACAGACAAAGAAAUCUCAUCAGCAGUUCAGCAACAUGCUUAUUGGAGCCCAGCUGUGCUGUGUAUUUGACUGCAACUGUAAAUACUAAACAAGACCACAAGAUGAAAUGUGUCACAACAUCUGAAAUCAGAGAGAAUUAUUCAAGGAUUGCAUGGCAACGUUUUGACAUCAAAUUGUGGCAGCCAAUGGGAAUGCAAGAGGUGAAAUUGUACUAGAGAAAAAGUCAUUCACUAACACAACUGAUUAGCAAGUUGCUAACAAAGCAUCCAGCGUCUCUGACUUUGUUAAUAUUUCACACGAUGACACGUGCACUUUAGAUGGCUUUACUAACUCUACUUGAGAGUCUAGCUGUUUUGAGAGUGUAGCUUAAUUAUAGGCUGGAAAUCCGUUUAUACACAGAAGGGUGAAUACCAAUAGCAAUGUUGUUGUUUUAAUGAGCAAAAUGUUUGAAAAUGCAUCCUUCAAGCACUCGUUCAGUCAUGUGUUUUCUCUGGCUUUUAAAUGUUCUAUUUUGUUAUUAACGCAUCAAGCCUUGUACAUUUUGACGUUCCAUUUCGCAUCUUAACGCUCGCUGCUCGUCUUGCCUUAAUGUUUAUA